AUGUCAACUAUGGAUACCGCUACUUCUAUUGUAACUAAAAAUAACGAUAAUGAUAAAAAACAAACUCUCGAUGAGCUAUUAAGUAUUUACUAUUCAAAAACACGAGUUUUUCAGGGGGAUGUUACGCUUGUUCCAUACAUUAAAGAUUGGUUACGAAAGAGAAACCUUGAUCAAACAUAUAUUUUUAAAUUAAUGUUAACAGAUGAAAAUUCUUCAGUUUAUUCAAGUCUUCUCGGUUUUUUUUAUCAUUAUGGAAUUGGAACAAAAGUUGACAAAAAUUCAGCUCUCGAAUGGUAUCAGAUCGGUGCUGAACAGGGAAUUUUUAUCUCUGAGUAUCAGGCAGCAUUUUUUUAUAUCGAAGAUAACAGACUAGAUGAGGCAUUUCGUUUAUACCAAAAAUCAGCGAAUAAUGGUUCAGAUAUUGCACAACUGGCAUUAGGUUGGUGUUAUGAAUUCGGUCACGGUUGUCCUCGAGAUACGACGAAAGCAUUGGAACAAUUUCGUGAAGUAGCUCUACGAGGUAAUUGUGGAGGAAUGUAUUAUUACGCAAUAGCUCUUUCAGAUGGUAUCGACGGACAAGUCAACGUGCGCGAAGCAGAAUUUUGGUUUAAAAAGGCUGCCGAAGCUGGCCAUUGGGAUGCACAAAAUACGAUCGCGGAGAUUUAUUGGUAUAAGAAACAUGAUUUACUUCGAGCUUAUUACUGGUUUUUGAAAUCUGCAGAGAAUUCGUGCCCGUGCGCUCUACGAAACCUCGCGAGGUUUGAAUUUUGCGAGAGACAGGAUACACAUGCAGCAAUUAGAUGGUAUAGACGUGCUAUAAGACAUGGACAUAUGACGAAUUUAUUAGAUUUUUUAAAUGGAUAA